GGAACACGGCGAGUCCCGAGCCCAACAUUGAACGGACUGAAAUGAAGCAUCUUUUUCUCAACACUGAAUCUCAGCGUGCAUUGCAACUGGACCCAAUGCCAUCGGACUCGUAUUUGGAUACUUUACUCAGCCGUAAUGUAUUUCUGACGAGACUGUUUGGCGACUUGACUGUUGGACAACAGGCAGGUGCGCGUCUCCCGGCCUGCAGCCUCCAUGGCGACUUUUGGUCCCGUCUUUCCUCACUGUGAAAUCAUGGACCAAGAACACUUUUUCUUCGACGACCAAGACCAUGGGGGUGAUUUCAGCCGGUCACUGGCAACCAGCGAGGAUUUGUGGAAGAAGUUCGAGUUGGUCCAGGCGCCGGAGGUGCCGCGCGGGGACACCAUGGGGCUGCUCUGCCCAUCCUUAGGGGACAAGUUGGAGUACGUCUCUCAGUUUUUGGGUCAGGAUGAUGAUCAGCAGUGUGUGUUUGGGAAAGUCGGCCCAACUGGGCUUGCGAUGGGCAACCUGAACUCCUUUGUGAUCCAGGACUGCAUGUGGAGCUGCUCCUCGGCCAAAAACAAACUUGAGAGGAUAGUCAACGAUGUCAGGGAGCGAUAUGCCAAAGUUCCUCGGACUGGGGUGGACGCUCGCACUGGAAGCCUGUGCAACAUCUCAUCCCCGUGGAGAGUGCCUUCACUUAAUUCUCUGGGGGCUGACUGCGUGGACGCUACCUCACUCCUGGCAUCCCCUCAGAUGUCCACAAGCAGGAGACUCCUAUCAGGUUCAGAGACGCUGACUGACACUUCAGAUGAUUACCACCCCGAGGAGACGAAGGUCAGCAGAAUAAUUCUGAAACAGAAGGAACACAACAAACUUUUCCCCCUGACUUCGAAACCAGACAACAUGGCCCCCAGCAGCAAUGGUUUCAAAACCUCCAUCCAUGAGGAGCACCACAACUAUGCCGCACCCUUGCCGAAGAAAAAAUUCAUCCCUGCAAUCCUGCAGAGACAUAGGUUUCAGCAAAAGCCUUCUACUCCUGUGAACCGUUCACCGCAGUACCAUGAAAACCAGCCGCCUAGACACAGCCACCGCGCCACCAAUCAGCACAACAAGUACCUCCUGGACGCCAGAUCUGAGUCGCCUGACUUGAGAGCCUCUUCUCCUACCUCCACCAGUUCUGUGUCUUCUCCAUCCAGCUCCAUUUCUUCUGCCUCCUGUCCUCAAAACCUCUGCUCCACAUUCCACGUCCCCUGCUCUCAAACCUCAGACAGCGACGACUUGGAUAAACGCAGGACCCACAAUUUACUUGAACGCAAGCGACGAAACGACCUGCGCUCAAGGUUUUUGUUGCUGCGUGAUGAGAUCCCCGGUUUAGUUGGCUGUUCCAAAUCCUCGAAGGUGGCCAUACUGGUUCAGGGGACGGCAUACAUUAAAGAGCUGGUAGCCCAGUCCAAGCAGCAGGCUCACAGGCGUGCUAGACUGAAGGCAAGGCAGCACCAACUGUUGAGGCGACUGCAGCAGCUGAAGUACUCCUAAUGCUACAGUACAUGCACUCACACACACUGCUAAAACAAAGAUGACAGUAACCUAGCACUGGAUUCAACUUUUCUAUUCUUUGCCCUUAAGAUUGUGAGAAAAAAGUUGGACCCUGCUUUUGCGCUGCCUUGUUAUUGUUCCAGGCAGACAAACAGUCCAGUAAUGUUUUGAUAUUGAAUUUUGGUAUUGUCAUUAGGUAGCCUGGUUACCAUUAAAAAAAAAUACUCCUACUGUUACAAACAACAAGCGAUUGUGUUAAAUUGCUGUUCCAGACUUUUGCGCCGCCUUGCCUGCGCAGAUGUUGCUGUGAAUGGAUGGCGUGUUGGAAGUUCACUUUACCAAUUUGAUUUCUCUAUUACUAAUUAGCUUGUUGUUUAUGCAGUAUCAACUUCAGAUUUGAUUUAAAAUCCACACUAAUCCAUUACCAUUGCUCCAUGGGAAAACACAUUUCUUUAGUAAUAUUGCCCUUCGAGCAGUAGUUAAAUAAUGCUUUCUUACCAAGCCACUUUUUUUUUUUUCCACAACUGUGGGUACUUGAUAUACUCUAUGUUCUUUUUUUCCCCCUCUUAAUUCCCUUAUAAAAAAAUAAAAAAUUGCCGACUGGCUACACCAGUAGCCAUAAGAAGUCUGUUACGAUGGAAUGUAACAUAAUUUUUUCCCUUUUAACUUCUGAUAAAGGAUUUUUAAAAUUGUGAUUCCACACCGUAAGAGUAGCACAGGUGCAGCUAUCGUGCUUGAGUGAAACAUGUGGUCAUUAUGGCUCACAUUCCAUUGUUUUCAUUUAUUUCUUCUUCUUAUUAUUAUUAUUAUUUAUUGUAUUUAUGAUUUCCCUUUGGACUUAUGACUCCACGCGAGUUACAUGCCGUCGUGAAAGCCAGUAAUUUAUAGUUUCAUCUUUAUGCAUAGUUUUCUGGCUCAUAACUUUCUUUAAAAACAAAAGAAUUUCGUUUUUGCUCAUCAUUUAAGAAAGCCAACGUACUUCUCAACAUAUCAUUUUUAAAAAUUGUUAGAAUUCGGUCUCUUUUUAUUUAAAAAAAUUCUUGGCAACUUAUAAAUCUGAUAUCAGACGUCGAAGAUUAAAAAUCUUAAUUAUAUUUGAAGAUGCCUAGUAAGUAUUAUGUGGAGCUACAGUAAACAGUCUCGUGAAGUACUUUGAUACCUAUACUGCAGUUCUGACAGAUGCUGCUACUUACCUGUAUAUAUAGCAUUUCAUUUGUAGUGCCUAAGCUUAAGAAGGAUGAGUAAUGGAACACUUUUUGUUUCUUAUUGUUUUAAAUAAUAGGUGAUUGCCAAGUUUUGGGUUGCACUUUGAAUUUGACCUGUACGUCUGUGGCUCAUGUGUGCCUAUUGUUACUGAACUGUUCUUGCACUUUUUCCAAUAGCAUUUUGGUGAGUCUUACACCGAUGUCUUAAUGUUUUUGCAUACAUAUUUUGACAGCAAUCUUGUAAUGGCCUUUUGACACUAUUGCUCACCUUUGAAAUGGUGUUGAUGGCUCAAUUAUUUGGAGCGGCUUUUUGGUUCGGAUGACAAAUGCCAUGCUUACACAUUUGUAGCAACUGUUGUUUUAUACGUUUCAUCUUGUUGUGCCAUGAAAACAACAUGCAUGUGAAUGGCUGCUUUAAUUUAGGAAAAUGUAUUUUGAAAUUGUGCUAUUGAAAUAGUAUAUUUUUGCUGUAUUUCUAUUUUGUUUACAUUUGUAGAGGUAUUUUGACUGAGAAAGCCUUUUUCUCACUGUUUUUGUGCACACUAAUGUGUUUUUUUUUUUCCUUCAACCAAAACUGUGAGUUACCUGUGUCCUACAUUAGGAUCCAAAAUGUUGAUAUUUGUAAUGAUUAUGGAAAGAAAAAUGCUAUGAGAAGACUCACAUUUGUCACUUUUUGCCAUAAUCUUUUUGCAAUGUUUCUUUUUGCAUUGUAUUUGUACCAGCCGAGAGCUGACAGAAUUUUGUAUUCUAUUUUACUACCAGAUUCAUGUGAGUGUGAAUUACUGUAUUUUAUUGGCUUCUUUGGUGGUAUUGGCUGAAUGUAAAAUUCCUCCAAUCACUUGCACUACUGCUGUCGUAGUGGAGGUUGUCUACACACAAGCCAUACAGCACAUCCGUGUAGACCAAGCUGUACAUGACUUGUAUUGUGUGAAGUUUCAUGCCCUGCCCUAGUCAGCAGCUCAGGAAACGCUAUUAAACUGUCUCUCUUGUGAUAGGUUUAUAACCUAGGCUUGUGGAAAACAGCCCCCUGUUCUGUAUGCUGAAUGUAAACCUCACAUGUGGAGUGACUAUCAGAGCAGAUCAAGUGAUGGCUGCUCAUUUCUUUGCAACUGUAUGUCAGUCAGCACAUUCUUUGUUCCUGAUA